CUGAGGCAAAUCUCGUUUCAGAUUUGCUAAUUAAAUAAUGCACCAUUAAACAAAGAUCACCAAAUCUGUACUCUUUCUCUCCUUCCCACCUUGAAAAAACUCGCGUGGGUUCUCACCUCUUGGAGUCAAUGCACCGACUCUGUGCUCUCCUCCUUCUCCAUCGUCUUCUGCCCUCUGGAUUGGAUCUGAGACUCUCUCUACUCUUGUGCUGAUGCUAAAGGAGAGAGAAAAGUUGGUUUGAUCAGCUUCUGAGGAAGGGCAUUCAAAGAAGGUUAAGAUACUGAAGGCAGACAUCGGUUGUGUAGCUCAUCGCUGAGAGUUCCUGAAGGACAUGUUAAUGCUCGAGAAACUGUGUAAAAUAUUGUGAUGACAGCUUAAGACUCAAGAGAUAGGUUUCUGAACGUUUGUGAUACCAGACAAGAGGAAGCAACUCUCAGCUUUGUCUGUUGUGGCCAAUUUUUGACACAUUAUGGGCAGGGAUCUUAAGAUCUUCCGGUUUUAUUAUUAGUUUUGAGCCUUAAAUCUGUUUUUGUCACUUUGUUCCUUAGAAUAUGCCUCAAGACAGUCGGAGAUCAAUUGGGUAUAGGUCCUUUGUCACAUGCGAUGAUCCUACGGGAGUUGUAGAAUGUGGGACGAUCAGAAGAUCCAAGACCAGUUCUCACAAGAUGGAGCAGAGUAUCGAAAGGCGAAGCAUAAUAAAACAGUCGAAUAAGUCCUCGGCACACAAGACAGAGAGGGAAGAACUGGUCAUGGGACAGACUGCAGAAGAAUUUGGAGGACCAACCUCCUUUCAGCUGGUGGAGGUGUCCAAGGGAGCUCAGAAGCUGAAUAAGGUGAUAGAAACAUGGUCAAAGGGGCUAAACUUUGAUGGGCAGUACAAAGAUAACAUUGCAAAAGACUUGUUGAAAGGAGCUCUUGAUCUGCAGGAGUCUCUGGUGAUGUUGGGAAAAUUGCAAGUGGCUACAAAAUAUGCUGCUCGGUUGAAGCAAAAGCAAGAGAAGUCCGAGGGUGUACGAGGAGAUGAAAUGGGAUUUGGGAAAAUGAAGUCCAACCUAUCUGAAGAUCGUAAGCGACAGCCCUUGGGUGAUGGAUCUUCAGAAAAGAAUAUUGAAGAGCUCAGGAAAGUGAUAAGAGAGAGCUUUGCUAGGCAAAAUCUGCUGCUGCCGAGCCCUGUGUAUGGAGGGGAAGAUUAUUUUCAUCGACAAAACACUGAUUCGGUUUCUAGUAUGCCCUCUACUAGCUCGAGCCAUUCUUCGACAGUUCACAAUGAUAAUCUUGAUUUCGCUAAUUCCUCAUUUCCAUCUGUGACGUCAGGGGAAAAGGGGAAAUCCCCGAGUGUCGUUGCCAAGCUCAUGGGUCUGGAAGAGUUUUCUUUCAAAUUAGCCCACAGCCCUCCGAGGAAAAGGUUGGAGCCCCAGAAGUCCCCUCUUCGGGAGAAGCCUAUUUUAGAUGUAGUUAUUCCGAAGACGAAGAAGCCUGAGAAUAAAGUUGAAAACGUUGAUAUGGCACAUAGGACGCUCAGAGAAAUAGUUGAUACCAUGCAACUUCAAGGGCUCUUGAGAAGCAAUUCUUCUAAAAAGAUGAAACCUCUUUCACAGCUUUUCAAUGAAUGUGAUUCUGAGGAGCGGCCUGUAAUUGAUGUUCCUCCUAUCGUGCUCAUAAAGCCUAUCAGCUUACCGAACUCAGAAGCAAAGGAGCACCUUUCACAGAGAGACGGAAUCUUGAACCGACGAUCGAUAUUGAAGACAAUGACAUCGAAAGAAGAAUAUGCUUCAAAACCAAUGGAUCCUAAAGGAGGGGCUCGAAAUUGUGAAAAGACAAAAACUGCAAAAGAAGAGGAGGACACUUCAGUCGCUAGGCCUACUCAGCAAGGUGGAGAAAAGAAAUUCAAGGAGGACGAUAAAAAACCAACCAAGGAAAAAAUUUUAGGAAAAAGUUCAAAGAAAACAAAACUACCUGCCCCUGCAAGCACGAAACCACUUAAAAAAGAGGCCGUUGGCAGGAGAUCCAGUGAAGAUGAAAAGGCCAGGAAGAAGGAGGUUUUAAAGUCUAGAAGUAGUCCAGAGUCUCAGGAUACUACCAAGGUCACCAGUGGAAAGCUUGUGAAUCCUGCAACUGAAGUAAACAGAAAGAAGAAUAAAUCUCCUCAACACGGUGCUAACUUGAAGACCAAAUCAAAACCUGUUACCUGUGUCAUGCCUUGUAACCGGGAUGAUCUUAAAAGGGUUCAGACUCGUAGGAUGAAGGAAAAGCCAGCGAGGGAGAAGAAAGAACUCAGAACAUCCAAGAUGAAUGACAGAGAAUGUAAAUACCAUGGGGGAAGACUGAUCUUAGUAGUGAAAUGCACUCUGUUCUGAUUGAGGCUCUCUCUACUCAUGUGGAUCAACAAACUAUCGUGGAGAAUGAAAAUGCCUUAGAUUUGGAGACUGGAGAGGUUUUCAGCCAUGGCCAGACUAUUAGUACGCUUCCAAUCCUCCAAUAUGAAAGAGACGGUAGUUCAGCUGCAAAAGCCUGUGAUCACAUCCUGCGGAGUGAACAUGAGGAGAGCUAUAAAAGAAGAUGCUAUGCGAAAGCUAUCCUAUUGAAUGACCCGUCAUUUGUUGCCCGUGCGCAGGAGCUCUUUGAAUUUGCGCCAUGCCCAAUAGUCCUUGAGGGCUUUGAAAUGUCCUAUUCUGGAUUGGCUAAUGAGAGACUCUAUUUGGAUUUUGCAAAAGAACUCAUAGACCGCAAAAGCCCUUCAGGCUUGCCAAAAGUCUUGUUUUCUCUUAAUAACUCUUCAAGGGUCGUCCAGGAUUUGCAUCUCUAUGGACAAGCUGUUGGAAGAGAUUUGUGAUGGAAUUGAUGAUCUGAACGACUAUUGCGAGUUUGCCUGUGCUGAACUUUCCGUGGAUGGCCUCUAUGCAGUGUUGAGGAAAGAUAUAUGGAGCAAAGGCAUGGCAAACGGAACAUGGGAAUCAGGAUGGAGGAACGGAUACUCGUUGCAUGAUGCUGAACAGGUUGUUGACGACAUCGAAAAGGUUCUUUUCAGUUGGUUAAUUGAGGAAGCGAUUGCAGAACUCAGCAAUUUCCGUUGUGAGUGAAAAUUUGAUAGGUCGGUUUCAUUCCUUUCCUCUAGACUAUUUUCUCUCGUGAAGCUUCCUGAGAGCUUGAUCUUCAAUUCUACAAUGAUGCUGAACUCGAGUAAGUUUGGUCUUUCGAAACCAAAAAAACAAAGGAAGGACGAGGAUAUCUAGACGUGUGCUGAGAGGAUUCGGAGUCCUCCGCCCUCAGUCAUAUAUCCUUGUAUGCAAAUGUAAUUGUAAAAACGGAGGGAAAAAGAAACAAGACAGUCUAAAGAAGAGUCAUGUAUACGCGAAGCUAACCGUUUAGGAUUUAGCCCACCAUGGGAUAGCAAAAACAUGCGAGGAUUGUUCUUUUUGGGUUUCUCGUCCAGGUGACUUUUAUAUGGAUGCUAUCUGAUACCUCAAAGAAAUUCUAUCAAGUCAAAGUUUGCUCAA